CUGCACGUUGCCGUGUCGAAAAAAAUCGUCAUUUUGACAAGUGAAGCGUCAAAUUUGGAAAAUUUCUUCAAAGUGUUUGUGUGAUAAUAGUUGUGAUAAAAACGGUUUUGAAAUAAUACUGAAGGGCGUCCACGUAAUACUAGUGCGUUCCGCUCGUUAGCGAUGUGCGCCUGCACUAGAUCUAGUGCUUUAAGGGGGGGGUUAUUUUCGAAGCACGUGCUAAACAAAAUGUUCCUGUCGUUGUAAAAUAUCGUAUCGUUGGACAUUUUUUAAAUUAGAAACGCGUCUAUUCCUCGCUAAUUGAAACAAUAACGACUGUGUGAUAAACAUUCAACGUGGGUACAAAAUGGCUCUUGGUGCAGCAGUGAACAAUUCGGAACCAAAGACCAACAAUAACCUCGACGGCGACAAAGUCGGCAAAACCACGCCAGGGGAUGCGAAAAUUGCAGUCGUAAAUGGAGAAUUACCACUACAAAACGGCCACGUGGACGUCAGUCCAGAAAAACAAACCAAAGACGCCGAAGAAUCGGAGAAAAAAGACGAAGAAAAUAAAAACAAAGACGAAGUCGUCUUCAUCCAAGAUGUAGGUUUUUCAAUCAAAAUCCUAAGUCCCGGAGCUGAACCCUUCGACAUCCAAGUCUCCAGUAUGGAGCUCGUCCAAGAAAUCCACCAGUUGUUGAUGGACCGUGAAGACACGUGUCACCGAACGUGUUUCUCGCUCCAAUUGGACGGCAAUACGCUUGAUAAUUUCGCCGAAUUGAAAAACAUCGAAGGCUUGAAAGAGGGUUCAGUUAUCAAAGUCGUGGAAGAACCUUACACCAUGCGUGAAGCAAGAAUUCACGUGAGACAUGUGAGAGAUUUACUCAAAUCUCUCGAUCCGGCCGAUGCCUACAAUGGGAUUGAGUGCAAUUCUUUGAGUUUCCUUAAUACGGUCACUCAGGGCGAUAUUUUGGAGAAGAAAAAAAUGCGUCCCGAAAGUGUUGACUGUACUCCUCCUGAUUUUAUAAUGCCGGAUAGUAAAGACCGACCGUUGACGGCCCUUCAGCCACAAUUGAAAGACCAAAAAGUGGCGCAGUGUGUUAAAGUUUUGACCACUUCGGCUUGGAAUCCACCACCGGGGUAUAGGAAGAUCCACGGUGAUCUGAUGUAUCUUUAUGUUGUCACUUUGGAGGAUAAACACUACUACAUAUCGGCCUGUUCACGUGGUUUUUAUAUUAAUCAAUCUACAGCUGAAGAAUUUAACCCUAAACCGGCAACUCCUAGUCAUUUGUGCCAUUCUUUAAUUGAGCUUCUUAACCAAAUUUCGCCACAAUUCAAACGUAAUUUUGCUCUACUCCAGAAGAAGAGGAGUCAAAGACACCCGUUUGAACGUGUGGCAACUCCCUAUCAACUUUAUAGUUGGACUGCACCCAUGAUGGAGCAUACCAUAGAUGCCAUAAGAGCUGAAGACACUUUUUCCUCAAAACUGGGCUACGAGGAGCACAUCCCCGGCCAAACUCGCGACUGGAACGAAGAACUUCAAACCACAAGAGAACUCCCGCGUAAAACCCUCCCUGAACGUUUGUUACGCGAACGUGCAAUUUUUAAAGUACAUAGCGAUUUUGUUGCGGCAGCAACACGUGGUGCAAUGGCCGUUAUUGACGGUAACGUAAUGGCAAUAAAUCCAGGCGAAGAAGCCAAAAUGCAAAUGUUCAUUUGGAACAACAUCUUUUUCUCGCUUGGUUUUGACGUUCGAGAUCAUUACAAAGAGUUGGGCGGCGAUGCUGCAGCGUUUGUUGCACCUCGAAACGAUUUACAAGGCGUUCGUGUUUACAGUGCUGUUGAUUUACCAGGGCUGUAUACUUUGGGUACUGUUGUUAUUGAUUAUAGGGGGUAUAGAGUUACAGCACAGUCGAUUAUUCCGGGGAUUCUUGAACGUGAACAGGAACAAAGUGUUGUUUAUGGGUCGAUUGAUUUCGGGAAAACUGUGCUAAGUCACCCCAAGUAUCUAGAUUUGUUGAAUAAAGCAGGCCAACAAUUGAAAAUCUUACCUCAUCAUGUACUUAACGAUAAGGAUGAACCAGUUGAACUGUGCUCAAGUGUUGAAUGUAAAGGGAUUAUAGGUAACGACGGACGGCACUAUAUUUUGGAUUUGUUACGUACUUUCCCACCUGAUGUUAAUUUCUUGCAACUUGAAGACGAAGAAUUGAGCAAAGAGGUGAAACUGUUGGGUUUUCCAAUUAAACACAAACACAAAUUGUGUUGUUUGCGCCAAGAAUUGAUCGAUAGUUUUGUCGAUUCGCGUUACAUGAUGUUCAUCAAGUAUGCCGCAUAUCAUUUGCAACAGUUGAAUAUACGUAAAAACGAUGCUAAAAUCAAUAACAAUCAAGCGAUUGAAGACAAUAAGACUGAAAACGAGGAAAACAAAAAGAGUGAAAAUGAUGACGGCAAGAAGGAACAAAUUGAAGAUGAAGAAGCAAAGAAGAUUGUCGAGAGUAUAACUGAUGGAACCAACAAAAUCGAACUGGAAGAGAGUACCAAAAACAUUGUUAAGACUGCAGCUGUGGCUGUUGGCUCCCUCAAAGACACGGAAUUUGAUAUUCGUUUCAAUCCAGAUGUUUACUCACCGGGUAUCAAACAUUGUGAUAAUCUAGACCCGACCAUUUCGAAGCAAAGACAGUUGGUUAAAGACGCUGCUGAAUUUUUGCCCACCGUGCAAAUUCCCACUUUUAUUCGCGAUUGUUUAGAUCAUUCUUCGGCCCCAAUGGACGGUUUUACUUUAUCCGAGGCGAUGCAUAAUCGCGGAAUUAACAUUAGAUAUCUCGGUAAAGUCACAAAUUUGUUAGCAAAAGUAAAACAGUUGGAAUAUUUGCAUAGCAUUGCUGUUGCGGAAUUGCUGCUAAGGGCCGCCAAACAUAUCUUUACCGUUUAUUUGCAGGGGUCUGAAAUGAUGAAUUUGGCUGUUGCGAUUGCUCACUUCCUCAACUGUUUCCUAUAUUCUGGCCAAGUUCCCAAUCCAUUGCAAGGAGUUGAUGAGAGCAAAAACAACAGGAAGCGCAACAAACGUCGAGGUAAAUUGAAUCCGUUGGCUUGUAACGACAAUAACGAAUGGGCGAAUCUCACCCCAAAAUCGCUUUGGUCGCAAUUAAAACAAGAAUUGAAAUCUUAUUUCGAUUAUGAUUUGUCUACCAACGAUAUUGAUGCAACCACCGAAACAUUCUGUUUACAAAAAAUCUCAUUAUUGCGAGGUUUUUGUCUAAAGACCGGAAUCCAGAUUUUAUUGAGGGAUUAUAAUUUCGAUUCAAAGAAUAAACUUAUUUUCUACGAAGAAGAUAUUCUGAAUAUUUUCCCAAUCGUCAAACACAUUAAUCCGAGAGCAACUGAUGCUUAUAAUUUCUAUACAACGGGACAGAAUAAGAUACAACAAGGGUAUCUUAAAGAUGGGUACGAGUUAAUUAGUGAAGCCUUGAAUUUGUUGAAUAAUGUGUAUGGGGUGAUGCAUCCGGAAAUUGCACAAUGUUUGAGAAUGAUUGCUCGACUUAAUUAUAUCAUGGGAGAGCACACUGAAGCUAUGGCCUAUCAGCAGAAGGCUGUUUUGAUGUCGGAAAGGGUCAACGGAAUCGACCAUCCCUACACAAUUACCGAAUAUGCACAUCUCGCCUUAUAUUGCUUCGCUAAUAGUCAAGUUAGUACCGCCCUGAAAUUGUUAUACAGGGCGAGAUAUCUUGCCGUACUCGUGUGCGGUGAGAAUCAUCCAGAAGUUGCCUUGCUUGAUAGCAAUAUCAGUUUAAUUCUUCACGCCGUUGGCGAAUACGAACUUUCUUUGCGUUUCUUAGAAAAGGCCUUAGCUUUAAAUAUCAAAUAUUACGGGGCCAAAUCUCUUAAAGUCGCCGUCACUUAUCAUCUAGUGGCGAGGACCCAAAGUUGCAUGGGUAACUUCCGGUGUGCGUUAACCAAUGAAAAGGAAGCUUACGCCAUCUAUAAACAACAGCUCGGGGAAAAUCACGAAAAGACCAAAGAAUCGUCAGAGUGUCUCAAACACCUGACACAGCAAGCCGUUGUGUUGCAGAAAAAAAUGAACGAGAUCUAUACGGGGAAAAAUGGAGCUUCACUGCCACCUAUACAAAUCCAGCCGCCUUCCAUGAGUUCGGUCUUGGACAUGUUGAAUGUCAUUAAUGGGAUUUUGUUCGUUCAGAUAAGUCAAGAGGAUAUCGAGAAUUUUAAAGCCGAAAUCGAGAAAAGACAACUGAACGAAGAGAAUAAUGAAGCGGAUGAGGAAGAGAAAGCAAAACCAGAAGCUUUGGAAAAUUAGUAGGAUUUUUAGAUGUAUUGAAAAGGAUAGUCGUCUCGUUAGUUAAUUUCGUAGUGGUUCUUGUGCGUGCAUUUUCCAACGAGUCUGUAAGUAACAUGCAUUUUUAUCGCUCAAUGUAAUACUAGUCAAAAGUAAGAAACUGCCUUCCAUUGUAAUAAAAUGUUGUUGACGAUUUUAAGUGAUCUAGUGUUGUGGAUUUCUUUCCCGAGUACUGCUAUUGUUGUUGUUGUUGUAAGUUAAAUAUGAAAUAUGCUGUUGUUUUGUGAUACGCAUUAAUUAAUCGUAGAAAGUUGUGAUUAAAUAGCCAAGGAUGGUAUAAAUUUGCAUGUUGCCUGGACAAGGGAAAUUAUUUUUUAUUGUAUUUUACUUUGAGUGCGCCAACUUUAGUAAGGUGCAGUUUUCUAUGAUAGAACAGAUUUUUUUGUAAUCUAAAUUUUGUUAAAAUAAAUCCAGUUGAUUACA